CGUCACCAAAACAGGACAUGAAGCCUGCACCAUAUAAUCUGUUCCAACAUAACAAUGAUCUAGCGUACGCAAUCGUCCAUAUCAGAGCCGUCCUAUCUACACAUCUUCCACCAACGGCUUCAACCGCAAUUUGAGUGUCGCUUUCAUCUUCAGUCACCCUAUCAUCGACAACAUGGCCGUACUAUCAGACAUCGCCUCAAAAAUCAAAAACACGCGACUCGUUCCACCCACCGAAGACGAAAUAUCCGCUGCCAAAGAAAACAAUCAAGAUUCAGCUCCCUCUCAAACCAAAAAAAGACAACGACCGAUCCUCGAGAUAACUUCCUACGACCGCUUCACGCCACCAUCUCCCAAGCCGGACCUGGAAUACGACUGCCGCAUAACAGAGAACCCAUCCAGGCAAAUACGGAAAACAUGCACAGGGCUCGAUUCGACGCUGCAAGAUGAGCUGAUGCAGCGCGAGUCUUUCAGUGAUACAGUGGCUCGCGCCGAAGACGACAUCAAACGGCUCAUGGAAAUCAAGGAUGUAAGAGCUAGUAGGGAAGACGAAGUAGCGAUAGUACGAGUAGGGUGUCUAUGCGGGAGUGGACAUCACAGAAGCGUGGCUUUUGCGGAGCAGUUGGGGAAGGUGAAGUGGAGCGAGGAUGGGAGUUGGGAGAUUAGAGUUGUGCACAGGGAUUUGACAAAGGGAGUGGAGGAGAUGAAGAGGGUUCGAAGCGACAAAAGAGAGAAGGAGGAGAGAGAUGUGGACGUGGAUAGUGAGAAGGCUGGCGAUUAA